AUGAGUACGCCGUGUAAAGUUUCUCUGGCUUUGUUAUCUUUAUUUGCUGCUGCGUCAUUCUCAUCCUUCAUAGCCAUGGCGGCCAAUAAAACCAAACAACCUCCGAGCAAUAUGGUGAGUCAGUUAUAGAUAGAUUUUUGCAUAACACCAUGCCUAUUAAAACUUAAACAAAUAAUAACGACCAAAUUGAACAACAGAGCCCUACAUUUAUCACAAUCCAACAACAAUUUCUCUACACUGGAUCGAGGUACAGUUAAAACAAUACAUCGCAUCUUUUCAAAGUCAAGUGAAAAUCUUGUUUCGAUUGCAAAGUUUAUGUAGGCAGAAAACAGUGUUACAAAACAGCCAAACUCAAAUUGCGAGAACGUAUACUUUAACUUAACCAAGCAACAGCUCGCUAGUUAAUAAAACUCAGAAACACUAGGGAAAAAUAGUUCAGGAAACUUUCCGUAGAACUAAAAAGAGAGCUAAAUAGAGUAGGAAAAAGGAAAUUUAAAUACAAAAAGGAGUAGAAAACGAGAUAUAAAAAGCAAGCAACCAUUCCGGUUUUGACUAUUUUCUUUUUUUAUGGACUGACUUAACAUGUAAAGAACGCAACAUAUUCGUCGGAUAUUUUUUGAGCUUUUUUUUUUUUUUUUUUUUGAAAGAUUAGUGAGAGGAAAGAAGGUUGUUGUAUUUAAGAUUACUGAUGUGAGUUAGGAGUGGACGUACAGGAACACUGACAUUUUUAUUCUCGCGAAUGGCUUUUAGUAUCAGCGAUGGGAAUUAGCAUUUUGAGACGAAAAACUAGAUUACAGUGCGAGAUAAUUGCAGAGAUAAAAUAACAGUUUUAUGACUGUUUGUUUCUUUGAUACUCUAGCAAUCUCCUCCAUUCUGGUGCGGUGGGAUUCCCGGCAUGCAUGGCAAGCCCGGCUCUCCUGGAUUACCAGGCCGUGAUGGACGUGAUGGCCGUGAAGGAACCAAAGGUGACCAAGGAAGUCCAGGAAAGAUUGGGCCCAAGGGACCUCCCGGAGUAAUGGGUCCUGCUGGUGUAAAUGGAAAAGAUGGUGCUAAAGGAGAGCUUGGUGUACGGGGCCCACCAGGUCCAAAAGGAGAGCGUGGACAAAGUGGACAUCCUGGGAACCCAGGUCUGAUGCCUUUUAAAAACUGGAAAGAGUGCGCUUGGAAAGAUUUAAACGAUGGCAAAGAUAACGGUUUAAUAAAGGUAAAUGACAAAAUAGUAUUUCAUUCUAUGGAAUCCAAGCUACUUCCCGUCGUUCCUUUUGCUGAUUAGUUUUUAUGGUUUCUCCAUUCCACGUAGGACUGUUUGUUCACCAAGAACUUCUCUGAUACAGCUCUUCACGUUGCCUGGACAGGUGCCCUUAGAAACCACAAGUGUACAUCCUGUUGUAAACGCUGGUAUUUUACUUUCAACGGCGCAGAAUGUUCAGCUCCCUUACCCAUUGACGGUGUGGUGUACAUNGAAAGAUUAGUGAGAGGAAAGAAGGUUGUUGUAUUUAAGAUUACUGAUGUGAGUUAGGAGUGGACGUACAGGAACACUGACAUUUUUAUUCUCGCGAAUGGCUUUUAGUAUCAGCGAUGGGAAUUAGCAUUUUGAGACGAAAAACUAGAUUACAGUGCGAGAUAAUUGCAGAGAUAAAAUAACAGUUUUAUGACUGUUUGUUUCUUUGAUACUCUAGCAAUCUCCUCCAUUCUGGUGCGGUGGGAUUCCCGGCAUGCAUGGCAAGCCCGGCUCUCCUGGAUUACCAGGCCGUGAUGGACGUGAUGGCCGUGAAGGAACCAAAGGUGACCAAGGAAGUCCAGGAAAGAUUGGGCCCAAGGGACCUCCCGGAGUAAUGGGUCCUGCUGGUGUAAAUGGAAAAGAUGGUGCUAAAGGAGAGCUUGGUGUACGGGGCCCACCAGGUCCAAAAGGAGAGCGUGGACAAAGUGGACAUCCUGGGAACCCAGGUCUGAUGCCUUUUAAAAACUGGAAAGAGUGCGCUUGGAAAGAUUUAAACGAUGGCAAAGAUAACGGUUUAAUAAAGGUAAAUGACAAAAUAGUAUUUCAUUCUAUGGAAUCCAAGCUACUUCCCGUCGUUCCUUUUGCUGAUUAGUUUUUAUGGUUUCUCCAUUCCACGUAGGACUGUUUGUUCACCAAGAACUUCUCUGAUACAGCUCUUCACGUUGCCUGGACAGGUGCCCUUAGAAACCACAAGUGUACAUCCUGUUGUAAACGCUGGUAUUUUACUUUCAACGGCGCAGAAUGUUCAGCUCCCUUACCCAUUGACGGUGUGGUGUACAUGUGGCAAGGAAACACUCAGGAUCUUCACCGCGUUCGCCAUAUUGAGGGGCACUGCGACAACAUUCACAAAGGAAGGGUGCGCGUGGGAUUCUGGGUUGGUAAUUGUCGUGGUGGAUCACCUGGUGACGCCUACACGGGGUGGCAGUCUGUGUCCCGGAUCUUCAUUGAAGAAGUUCCCAAGGCUCAGGCCUAG